AUGACGAUAGAAGCUCUGGCUCUAGAGAAGCUCUCUCUCUCGAAACAUCUUUCAUCAGAUAGUAUGACCUGUAAAAGAAGAAACAACGGACGUAACAAGCACGGUCGUGGUCACAACAAGUUUGUUCGUUGCAUCAACUGUUACCGUUGUGUCCCUAAGGACAAGGCCAUCAAGCGUUUCACUAUCCGUAACAUGGUAGAAGCUGCUGCUGUCCGUGAUCUUCAAGAAGCUUCCAUCUAUGAGGAAUAUGCUAUUCCCAAGUUGUAUGUCAAGCUCCACUACUGUGUCUCUUGUGCUAUUCACGCUCGUGUUGUCCGCGUUCGUUCUGCUGUCGACCGCCGCAACCGUCUUCCUCCUCCCAGAUUCAGAUUCCAAAAGGCUGCUAACAAGGCUUAAGUUGUUUCCUUUUUGUAUGCAUUGAAUAAAACAAAUAACAAAAAAAAAAAGUACACUGUUCUGUUUAUCUAAUGCAUGGCUCAAUGUAUUAUAUGAUAACAGCUGGAAUGUGGAAAGCCAACACCCCGAGUUAUUGUAUAUCUAAGAGGAUCAAAAGUUGAGUUAGAUAUAUAUAUAUAUCAUGAUUUCUAUAAAGAGAAGAAAAAAAAGAGAGGACUGGGCAUUCAAUAUAUUCAUGCCAAGACUAUGUUAUUCAGUUGUUCUCUUUUUUUUUGUGAAUAGAUGUGUUUUAUAGCAUAAUGUCUUUCAUUCCUGAGUCGAGUAUCACACAACACAGG